GAGGAUGGAUUGCACAGGGGAUGACCUUCUCCAACUUUUGAGAAAUAACCGCCUGUUGCUAAGGAAAGGUAGGAGAGGAGAUGCUGCAGAACACCGAUGGUGGAAUCGCCUUUCGGAAGAGAUUCGUUAUUUUGUAAGGCUUGGCGCUGCAGACGAUGCAGAAAAACGAACAGCAUUACAUCAGCAAGUUUCUUCCUGAAUAGCCGUCUGCAUCCAAUGACGAUACUCAAGCUUGCCUUUUUGUACGUUGCCGCUGAAGCGAAUCUAAAGGCGAUCACAAUGCUGAUGCACACACCUUCCAUCGUCACUAUGGUUGACUGGAUCCAAUCUUGCCGAGAAGUGUUAUCCAUGGAUGUGCUCAGAGGCACAUCCAUGGAUAACACUUCACACAAUUUCACAUUUCACACAAUGUGAAAUUUGGCGGCCCUGGCCAAAUCGUCGCUGUGGACGAAACCGCCUUGACCAUAGGCAAGAGCGAGUCCAGUGUGAAGAUCUGGAUACUCGGCAUCUAUGAUAUGGAGCAAAAGAUCGGGUUGGUGUGCUCGAUCGCGAACCGUGAGCACAAAGCCAUCAUACCAAAGAUCACUAAACACGUACAGCCUGGAUCAACGGUCAUCACCGACAAGCUGGAGACCUACACGUGUCUCACCAGCCAGGGGUUCUCGACCACUGCACAGUCAGAAACUGUCGCAGAAACUGGGAGCCGAGCAGGGAGUCCAUGCCAACCACAUCGCUGGGUACUUCAGUCGGCUGAAGGCGUUUCUUCGCUACCGACACGUCACUAACGCCAACUUGAUCCCCAGCUUUCUGGACGAGUUCAUGUGGCGAGAACGCCACAAGGAGGACGCCUGGGCCGCCUUCUUGGAUGCCGUCAGACGCCAGCAUCGCCUCUAGAAGUGUGAUAGAAUGUGAUAGAAAUGUGAACGGUGCUUGAAAGUGGCCAAUCAUUUGUGGAAGACAAAAAGAUACAGUUGAUCUAACGUAAAUUAAUUGAUGAUAUCGCAUUGUUAUGCCACCUACUAUUCAAGAAUAUUUUUUGCGAGGAACGCUUCUUUGUAGUUUGUCGUGUGGAAAAUAAUUCAAGUUCAAUAGUGAAAGUUGUUACGCAUUGACAGCGAUGGAAUCCUGUCUACCGACAUCGGGAGAAAAAUAUGAUGGCCACUUUCCUUUUUUCCGCCAACCAACAAAAGUUGGUGAGUUUUCUUUGGAUGAGAAGCGAGACUUUCACCACAGCAGCUGUCAAAAGAAGUAUAUUAGUUGGCCUUUGAAAAGACCUUUGGAUGAUGGCCAAAGCGUCGAUGUUCACUUUGAUCUAAACUUACUAUUGGACCGAGCAGUUAGAAAAGAUGACUCACAGCUGGAUGAAAGAUUAGAUAAUCUUUUGAAGUGGAUUUUGAAAAAUCAAGAAAAAUUCAAGUUGCAAGACAGAAAAGCGUCAUUUAGCAGCCUGUCGACCGACUUUGUCUGCUACCGGGGCCUCAUCACCAAGCUGAUGGCGACUCCGUACGAGAACCGAGAGCCGUGGAUCAUCUGCGCUACCAAAUGGAGGGGCACCAUCUACCUGUGUGCGUUCGACACGGAGCAGAAGAUCGCCGACAGACAGCGAGAGACGCCGCGACAAAAAGCCAUGUCCAGUUGGGGCUACAAGUUUGAGCAGUACAUGAUGUCAGACAGCCCCGGUGCGGCGCCCGACCCGCACACGCCGGCGGUAGAGAGCGCCGAGUUCUGCUGCGUGCUGCGCUCACGACUGGGACGCCACUCGGUGGUGUACGGAGCGGAGGUGGACGGCGUGGACCCACACCGGGAAGCUGGUGACGGUCUGUCGAUGGCUCAGUUUGUCGAACUGAAGACCUCCCGGGAGGUGGAGACUCCCCGGCAGCGCAACUCACUCCAGAGGUUCAAGAUGCUCAAGUGGUGGGCGCAGUCGUUCCUGGUCGGCAUCGAGAGGGUGGUGGUCGGAUUCAGAGACGACGACGGGACGGUCCACCGGCUGCACGCCUACGCCACCAAACAGCUGCCCAAAGAACAGGACUUUUGGUCCCCGUCGGUGUGUAUGAAUUUCGCCGCCGCCUUCCUGGCCUGGGCCGCCGAACAGGUGACUGGGGACGACCCGCGGGCGGUGUGGAGGUUUGAGUUCGAGCCGAGACGGCGCCGCGUCACCUGCCAGUCGCUGGGACGCUCAGAGCGCUACCGAAUACUGCCUGACUGGUACACAGAGAACGUGUUUAGACCGGGGCCCGACACCUGAGGACGCUGAGACUGAGUUCUUGUGCUGAAACCAUGGCUAGCGCUCUGAGAACACGUUCCAAGCGGCAUCUAACUGGGGUCCCGGGCCCUUCCCAACUGACGGUAUGUUUCGACGGUAUGUGGCGGGGUUAGCCUCAGCGUUCUGUCCAUCGAUCCACAUGAAAAGGGCUGUCACGGAAGCGUUUCGUGAUUUCUACUGCCGAUGUUAUCGUUCCAUUUCAUAUGCAGCAUCAUCAUCAUGAUCAUUACCAUUCAUCACUGGGUGUGCAUCAUAUCAUCGUCACUCCAUCAAUGUGUCAUCACUUGCGCAACGGUGUUUGUCGAGACCGUGGCGUGCCCAUUCCGUUGCUGUGCCCGUGUUGACUUGGGCGCCUGUUUGUGCUUUCUACGUUUGAGUAAUGUAUCACGGAGCGGCGUAAUAAACGUGUGAAGGAUUAGCUAUGUUUAGUGCGGCAGUUCAGGCUGAACUGGCUGUGAUUUGGAGAUGGGGUGCCAACAAUUUCGGGUCACCCUAUGUAGGCUUUUUUAAUAACGGAUGUAUGGGAUGAAACUACAAACUGAUUGAGUCAACCUUCAUUAAGAAAUAAGAAUGCAACGUUGAUGUACGAUAACAAGAUUGAAAUACAUUGGUUAUCAGACAAGUCACAAAGAAUAUGAAUAGCAAGUUCUAUGCGACAGAAGGAAAAGCAGCUAGCGUGCCUCUGACAUGGAUCUCGCAUAUGAGCGUGCAGUGGACGUCCAAGUCACCUGUCUCAGUGUCUCACUGGGCAGGAUGUCCAGGUCACCGACUGACGCGCUGGGGUUGUCCGGGAUACUGGCUGUCUCACUAGGAUAUCCACUAUGCAGGCCGCCGACUCGACACUUGCUGAGGUACCACUAACUAUCGCACUCGCCGUUUUAUCCAGCUCGCCUGCCUCCUCACUCUGUAAUAUCCAGCUCGCCUUUCUAUCACUCGCUGGGUAUAUCGAGGUCGGCGUCACAGACAUAGCUGGGGGGAUGGUGCUCGGUGAUGGACGGCAGAAGAUGGGCCGACGGCGUCAGCUCCACCACCGUCGCCGACUCGACCACAUCGCCGGUGAACGCCUUGAAGUCGGCCGGCCGGUUCUUCCACAGCCACGAGCGGCAGUCCUUCUUGAAGCUGCCCACCAUCUGCGUCCGGUCGUGGAAGCGGCCCUGGAACCACUGCAGCGACAUGGGGAUGUAGCGCACCUCGAUCCGAGCGGGCAGCGCCUUGUCCCAGGCGUCGUACGGCGCGGUGGGACGGUCGUGCUCGUACUCCGGCCCGCCGCAGGGCGCCUCCGCCGGCGGGUUGGGAAGCUGCGGCGUCGGCGGCGCGGCGGUCGUGUCGUCGGGCCCGACGCAGAUGUCUCGGCCGAAGGGCGUGCCGAGCACGACAGCCGACUGGUGGCGCGGCGGCGGCGGCGGCGACGGCGGCGCCUGCUCCGGCGGACUGGGCGGCGAGUGCAGGAAGGAUGGCGAGCUGAAGCGGUUGAGCGAGUGGCGCAGCUCGCGGCUCAGGUCCUCCCACGAGUCGGUCCCGGCCAGACGACGGUGCUGUCAGACACCGGGCCAUUACACAGCGUCAUAUGGCCUGUGAUCAGCGGUCAUGGAGGCGGUACCCUAAUGGAAACGGUCAUAGGAAACUGGUUCCAGGGUGGUUAACGGGAAAGGGGUUCCACAAUUAUGCGACAAUCGUUGGAUUCGAUUUUCCGUGAUGCGUGCAAAAC